AUGCCUAUCAUAAGCGGGGAGUACGGCGCGUAGAGAGCAGAGGAGGCGCACCUGUUGGGAAGCUGCAGGUGAGCCGGGAGUUUGGAUACAGACAAUUUGACCCAGCAAAAAGGACUUUCACCGAGUAACAGCGGUACCAGCACAAAAAGGUGAAUUGCAGGGAUCUGAAAAUGGAAUUUGAUAAUAUAAAGUCCUCGGCCGCACUUGUUUAUGACGAGUUCAUCCAAAAUGCAGACUCACGGACAGAGAACUGGUUGCUUAUGUCAUCUCCUCUCCCCCAAACGGUCAUCAUCGCAGCGUACAUUUACUUUGUCACGUCGCUGGGGCCUCGGCUAAUGGAGAACCGUAAAGCCUUUGACCUCAAAGGAGUCCUCAUAGUCUACAACUUCAGCGUGGUGGCUCUCUCACUCUACAUGUGCUACGAAUUUGUGAUGUCAGGAUGGGGAACGGGAUACUCUUUUAACUGUGACCUGGUCAACUACUCUGAUUCACCACAGGCUAUAAGGAUGGCAGCAACAUGCUGGCUUUACUACUUCUCAAAGUUCAUUGAGAUGUUGGACACGGUCUUCUUUGUGCUGAGAAAGAAGAAUAGCCAGGUGACAUUUCUUCAUGUCUACCAUCACUCAAUCAUGCCAUUCACCUGGUGGUUUGGAGUUCGUUUUGCAGCAGGUGGUAUGGGGACAUUCCACGCCCUGCUCAACUGUGUUGUCCAUGUUAUCAUGUACACCUACUAUGGCCUGACUGCCCUGGGCCCCAACUACCAAAAGUACCUGUGGUGGAAGAAAUACCUCACUACCAUUCAGCUGAUCCAGUUUGUUAUGGUGACCAGCCACAUCUCCCAGUAUUUCUUCAUGAAAGACUGCCCCUACCAGUUCCCUAUCUUCAUCUACAUCAUCGGCCUGUACGGCCUGAUUUUCCUGUUCCUCUUCCUCAACUUCUGGUACCACGCCUACACCAAGGGCAAGAGGCUGCCGAAAGUGCUGCAGGCUCAGACAUGGUCACACCACACCAAUGGAGUUAUGAAUGGAAACGCCAGUCAUGAAAAAGAUGAGUGAUGCAAGACUUGGCUCAUCUGGGGGGUUUCGGGGUUGACCUCAUUUACAUAAGCAAACCACUGCAGUCUGACAUUCAACCCCAAUUAUUUUGGACUGUAUUUUUUUUGAUUGCUUUUCUACUUGCAACUGCAACAGACAAUCUUUAAAUUAUGACCAACGCUAUAUUUAAGGGGUUUAUUGACCCAAGCUGAAGGGUUUCAUUUUGUUUUGUUUACAUUGAAGGUAAAGCCCAAGUUCUGCUAUGGAAGUUUCCAAAGAGCCCUCCUUUGUCUGCUACAGUAUGGUUAGAAAAAAUUUCACUUGUCAGAAAUUGACUCCACAAUUCACACCAACUAUAGGGCUUCACCUAUGAUAAGACUGUAGGCCCUCAUACUGGGCCUCCUCAAAGCUUCUAAUGCCGAGAUCACUUUUUUUUUUUUUUACUUUUGUGACUUGAUCUUUCGUCUGAGAAGACUUUUAGGAAAUCCAAUUUUUUUUGUUUGUUUUAAGUUGCGCACUGAAAAGUUAAGGGUUGUUUAUUUCAUUUAACCUAAUAUGACGUUGACUGUUCUGAGUCGAUGGGUGUUUAGGCUACACACGUUAAGAGGUUACAUGCAUGCAGAACGGGGUGUUUUGUUUUAAAAGAGAAGGUUUUGAUCACAUAUGCCCACUUCUCUAUGGCUUGAGUCACAACCAAUGCUGACGGUACAGACAUCCAGUGAAAAGGGCUAUCUUCAUACAGUGGAGUUAAUUUAUUCUCCUGAUUUAAUGAUUGUCCUAUGAAGCGUUGGUGUGACAAAGAUGCCAGAGAUGAAGGCUGAUGGACCACUGUAGUCCUUGUAGGAUCCAGAACAGAGCUAGAGUUUUACUACUUCCUUACUGAGGCAUAUUGCAAAAAUAACACUGUUUUACAGGACCGCAGUACGCACAAUUGCAUGGAUUCACUAUUUAGCCAGUCAAAAGACAUGAGCAGCCUCGCUUGCCUGCUUUUUAGUAUUUUGCUUCAUGUGUUGAAGCUCUGUGGCUAACAGUGUCUUCAGACGGCUGGAGUCAGGCAGUGCCUUUGGACUGAGGUCUGUGGAGUAGUUUUAUAUAUUGUUAUAAUGAUCUUAAACUGAAAAGUGAAUGUAACACUCUGCUCAUUUUGGUGACGGAGGACACAGGAUCGAGCUAGGCAUGGGGGUGGAAAGAGUUCCACUUUUAAUCCAGUUGUGAGCCCAUGUUAACAGAUACAGUGCAUACAAAUGAGGUUUUUCUUUCAGUUCCUCGUCCGAUCCAAUAGUUAAUACUGUAAGAAAUGUUGCAUAAAAUGUUGUUUAUAUUGUCUUUUAUAUGUAUUUAUAAAAAAUAAAUGAUCAUGUACUUAG